AUGGACGACAUGGUGCCAAUCACUCCUAAUCCAAAAUCCAAAGCCCAUCUCUGGAAAUAUGCAGACGCAUUGCCUCAUCUACAAAAAGCCAGCCAACUGGUACCAGAAGAGCAGGCAGAGCGGAGGGUCCUUAUGCUUGUAAACCCCAACAUGAGUCCACCAUACACCACAGACACAAUCUACGGGGGUCUUCAGAUAGUGAAUCCUGGUGAGACUGCACCGGCCCAUCGACAUAUUGCCUUUGCCGCUCGGUUCAUUAUCGAUGGCGAGGGAUUCACCGCCGUUGAAGGCAAAAGAAUGCCCCUAAAGCGUGGUGAUGUGAUUGUUACCCCGACGUGGCACUGGCAUGAUCAUGGCAAUGAAUCGAAAGAGCCAGUUAUCUGGCUUGACAUGUUAAACUUGCCUCUCUUUCGAUAUGCGCCAGUUAACUUUGCUGAAGAUUAUAUUGCUCCACGAUAUCCGAGCAAAUUAUGCGACCCAUGUGAGUGGUGUAUUCCUUGGGAUGUUGCUGAAAGUGCACUCGAAAGUUCAGAUUUGCCUCAUGCGGUGUACUCUUAUCUGCAACCCAAUGGCCAACCACUUUCUACCACGCUUGGCAUUCAGGCGGAACGGCUGAAUGCCGGUGCUAUAUCAGAGUCUCGUGAUAGCAGCUCAUAUGUCUAUCAUUGCUAUGAAGGCCAUGGUCGUACUGAAAUUGAGUCCCCUAGAGGUGAAAAGUCUGCAUUCAACUGGGGUCCAAGAGAUACAUUUGCCGUGCCAGCCUGGUCGAAGCUAAAGCAUAUCAAUGUGUCCGAGACAGAGAAGGCCUAUUUGGUUGCGAGCCGACCCCAGAGUCUUCUCCGCACUCAAUGUUCCGUACCGCCCGUCCUGAACCGCGCAUUCCAUGCCGGCGCUUCAUUGUUGGGAACCAAGUCACAAAUUCUCAAGGACGUUGGCGAAGGAAUCACCGAGGUCCAGAUCAUUCAGUGGUACGUGGAGGAAGGGGCCCAUAUCGAGGAGUGGAAGCCCCUGUGUCAGUAUCAGUCUGACAAAGCUGUUGACGAUAUCACAUCUCGUUACGAAGGCGUCAUCAAGAAACUACAUUUCGAAGCAGAUGAUACGGUUCCUACUGGCAGGGCCCUCUGCGACAUUGAAGUGGACGAUGGAAAAUAUCCAGAUGAUCACCCGCCGCCUGUAUCUGCGCCAGCCGAACCUGCGCCAACUCCCAAUGCGGUACCUGCUACAACUGCGGCUGAAUCAUCUCACCUCGAAUAUCAAUCAUCUGAAGAACCCACAGAUAUCCCCAAGUCCAAGCAUGCAUCCUUAGCAACACCAGCUGUUCGAGGACUUUUGAAGACCCAUAAUAUAAAUAUUCUUGACGUCAACGGAACGGGCAAGGACGGGCGCGUUCUCAAGGAAGAUGUGCUCAGGUUUGUGGAGACAGUAGGCUCCGCGGCCGCACUUCCCUCCUCCUCCUCACCUCCCUCAUCCACUACACCGGACACCCGGCAAAUGGAAAUGGUGACGGAUCUCACCCGUAUUCAAGCCGCGAUGUUCAAGACAAUGACCAAAUCCCUGAACACUCCCCAUCUGCUAUAUGCCGACGAACUAAACGUCGGCGACAUCACCUCCAUCCGGAAGAAGCUUGCCAACGAUGCCCGUGACCCGAAGAAGGUCACAUCCCUACCUUUUAUUGUCAAAGCCGUGUCCCUGGCUCUGAACGACUUCCCCCUACUCAACGCCCGAGUCGAUACUAGCGACCCCAACAAGCCCAAACUCAUAAUGCGAGCCAAACACAACAUCGGCAUUGCUAUGGAUACACCCAAUGGCCUGAUCGUGCCCAACAUCAAAGAUGUAGCCAGUCGAUCUAUUUUCGAUAUCGCCUCUGAGAUCUCGCGACUCAGCGCGCUUGGAAAGAGCGGGAAAUUAGGGCCAGCUGAUUUGAAUGGCACUACUAUUACUGUUUCCAAUAUUGGGAACAUCGGCGGAACGUAUGUUGCGCCAGUGAUUGUCCCAACCGAGGUGGCUAUUUUGGGCGUUGGGCGGACGAGGACGAUACCUAUCUUCGAUGAUGAAGGUCGGGUAACGCGGGGCGAGAUGGUGAAUUUUAGCUGGAGUGCGGACCACCGUGUAAUCGACGGGGCGACCAUGGCACGUAUGGGCAAUCGAGUGAAGGAAUUGAUCGAGGCACCUGAGCUGAUGCUCUUGAAUCUGAGGUAG